AUGGUACAUUCUUACAACAAUACCCAUCACAAAAGUAUAUAUACCAAACCCUCACUUGUCACCAACGCGAAACAGAAAAAAGUCAGAAACUUAUUGUCCGGUGAUCUAAGCACAGAAAAAAAGGGGAAGAAGAAUACGAGUUAUAAACUUGGUGACAGAGUCAGAACCAGUAGAACCAAACACGUUUUCAAAAAAGGAUACUUGCCCAAUUGGACCGAAAAGGUAUUCACGGUUGUUGGGCGCCUCAACACGCAUCCACUUGUUUACAACAUUUCAGAUUACAACGGUGAAAUGUUAGAAGGUACUUUCUACAAAGACGACCUUCAGAAAAUCGUAAAGGACGAUGAUGCAACGUACAUUGUGGAGAAAGUGCUGUGCAAUAGAAAACGUAAAGGCCGCGUGGAAUAUUUUGUUAAGUGGCGAGAGUAUGACGAUUCGUUUAAUUCUUGGAUCGGGGACUUGCAAUGUUUAUAA